AUGUACAAAUUGUUCAUCUUCGCCGCCAUCCUCGGCUUCACCGCCGCUAAGCCUGGCGCACUUCUCAACUAUGGAUCGCCAGUGGCCGCAGUUGCCGCUCCAUCUCUAGCUGCCGUCGCUGCCCCCGCAGUGGCUGCUGUUGCUCCUGUCUCCCUUCCCGCUCCAGUCGCCGUCGCUGCUCCCGCCGUUGCCGCCCCCGCAGUGGCUGCUGUUGCUCCUGUCUCCCUUCCCGCUCCAGUCGCCGUCGCUGCUCCCGCCGUUGCCGCCCCAGCUGUUGCCCCCCUCGCCUACUCUAGCUACGCUGCUGCCCCCAUCGCGUACUCAGGAUAUGGCCUCGGUUAUGGAGCCGGUCUUGGAUACGGUUAUGAACCUGCUCUCGGAUACGGUUAUGGACUCGGUCUCGGAUACGGCGCCCGUCUUGGACUCGGCUACAGUUCUGGUCUUGGACUCGGCUACAACGCUGGUCUUGGAUACGGUUAUGGUCUUGGAGGAUUCUUAUUUGCUGCCAUCUUGGGCAUUUCGGCCGCUAGCCCAAGCGGUGUCUUAGGUUACGGUGCUGCUUAUGGCUACGCUGCCCCAGCAGUCAGUUACGCUGCACCAGCAGUGAACUAUGCUGCACCAGCUGUCGCAGCUGUUGCCGCCCCAGCCGUCCGUGUUGCCUCUCCAGCAGUGGCCGUAGCGGCUCCCGCCGUCCGUGUCGCUGCCCCCGUUGCCUAUACUGCCCCUGCUGUAUCGUACGCCGCCCCCGCCGUAUCGUACGCCGCUCCCGCCGUAUCUUACUCCGCUCCUGCAGUAUCGUACUCUGCUCCUGCCGUCUCGUAUUCCGCUCCCGCAGUAUCAUACUCUGCUCCUGCCGUAUCUUACGCAGCCCCAGCAAUUUCCUACGCUAGAUCCGUUGUAGCCCAACCUGCUGUUGCUUACAGCGGUUAUGCUUCUCCCCUCGCUUAUGCCGGAUAUGGAAGCUACGGUUAUAGCGGAUAUGGUUUAGGAUACGGUUACGGCGCCGCUUUCCCCUACGGUUACUGGAAGAAACGUUAAGAUCCGCCUUACCAUUGAUUUAAUAGUAGUUAUUCAUGUGAUUCGCCAUCGAAUAAGUAUUUGACAUAGUAAUAAAUACCAUUUGUUUAUUAAAUAUGCGUCUUUAAAAUUGCAUCUGUGUGUUCUUACAUUCCAAGGAUUUUACUUCUCCUCGCAUUAAACAGUAUGAUAUACUUUACUAGAUGUUAGUAGUUAU